UAUCGGAAUUUAAAGAUUUUAAAAUUAUUUGGAUGUAAAUUUUUUAAGAAUUUUUGUUAAAUUUUUAUUCUAGUCACAUUAAUAGCAACAAAAGAAUUAUAUGAUCACCUAAUUAAUGAAUAAGUAAUCAGAUCAGUAAUAAAAUCACGUGAUCGAAAUCAAAUACGCAGGCGUAGAAAAUUAAGUGAUUCAAUUUGUAUUGAAUAAUAAAUGUUCUGUGUAUUUAAUUUUGAAUUUAUAUUGGUUAUUUUUAAUAUCAUGGAUAUUUCUGGUAAAAUAUUGUAUGAUAAAGUUCGAGGUUUACGUUCGGAACUUUCGAAUGUUGUUACACCAGAUCUAUUAGAUCAAAUUUGUGACAAUUCUUCAGUUCAACCGUUUUUGAAAUGGUUUUGUGAAAAUGUUAAUUAUGUAAAUGUUCUAUCAGAUGAAGAUAUUCAAAUAAAGAAUAAAUUACAAGAAACAAAUGAAUGGUUGGAAGGUUCAGAAUUAGAUCAUUCAUUAGAAGAAAUAACUAAAGAUUAUCCUGAUUUAUUAAAAAUCAUUUCUUUUGAUGACACAGAUAUUAAUGAUUUAUUUGCAGAAUUUGAAAUAUUGAAAGAUUCAUAUAAAGAAGAUGAAAAUUAUAUUCGUAUAUUGCAAAAUGGAAUUCAGAAUUUAAAAAAAUUAGAAAUAGAAUUAGAUAACAAUAUAGAACAAGAAAAACAAUUAUUAGAUAGAGAAAAUAUUGAAGCAGACAAAGCAUAUAAAGAAUGUUUUGUGAUUUUAAAAGAUUUUGAUAUACAAAAUCAUAAAUGUUUUAAGGAAGUUGAAUAUCUUUUGAAUGUUUAUGCAGAUGCAGCUGAAAAUAAAGGAAUACCAUUAUUAUGGACUCAGAUGCCAUUAGAAUCUUUUAUUAAAAAAAUAGAAAUGUAUAGUCAUUAUUUAGAUGUUCAUAUAAAACGACAGUUUGAAAAUAUAUCAGAGAAUGAACAAAAAAUUGAUUCUAAUUAUGUUUCUUCAAUUAAUGAUACUAAAGAAAAAGACAUUGAUAAUAGACAAGAAUUGACAUUAUAUAAAACAAAAUUAACUAAUGCAAAAAUAGAAGAAAUUUUAGCAAAAAUACAAGAAAAAUCAUAUAUUGCAAUGUUUGAUUGCAUAAAAAAUAUAUAUAAUUUAGGAAAUUUGAAAAUACCAAAUCAAUCUGAAUUAAGAACAGAAAUUAUAAAAUUAACUAAAAAAAGAGAUUUCUUAGAAGAAGAAAUUUUAUUACAAGAAUAUCAAUUAUCAGAAAUAGUGCAACAAUUCUCAGAAUUAGAAAUAACUAAAGUUUUAAAACAAGAUGCUCAUAUACGACUUGAACAAACAAAAAAUCAUUUACAAAAAUUAAAAAAUCUUCAAUUUUUUGCACGAGAACAUGGUCAUGUGCACACUGAUUUGUUACGAAUAUUAAUGGAAAUGCAGUUUCAUUGUCUUAAAAAUGUUUCUGAAUUUGUAGCUGAUGUUUAUCACUAUUUAAAAACAGAAUAUUUAUUAUCAUUUACAAGAUGUGAAAGUAUGCAACAACAGCAAAAUGAAUAUUCUGCAACUAUAUUAUCUUCAUCAAAGAUACAUAAUUCAUUCCAUAAACUUUUUAUUUCAAUGUUAUACAAUAAUGAUAAUAUACAUCAAUUAAAUCCAGUAUUGGAUAAAUACAAUGAUCUUAUAGAUGAAAAUAAAACUAAGAAACAAUUCAUAUUGAAAACAUAUUUAAAUUCAAAAAUUCAAAGAUUAGAAAUAUUAGAAAAUGAAAUAAAUUUGCAAUAUUUAAAUGAAAUUCAAAAAGGAUCUACUCGUACAUUUAAACCAAUUACUUAUGAAAUUGAAACAUGUUAUGAUGAAACAUUUGAUAGUUUACAGAAGAUACAAAAUGAUUUAUUGAAAAUAAGAAAUCAAAUGACAGAACGAAGGAAAGCGGAUAUAGGUUUUGAACGAGAAAAAAAUAUUCUUUGGCAACGAUUUUUAGUUGAUCCUGAUACAUUAAGAAAAAUAUAUAAAGAAAUGAAAUCUAUGGGAAAUAAAUCUUGUUUUAGUGAUUAAAAAUUAAUAAAAUGUGUAAUAAUUACAUUAUAUUUAAUUAUUUUAAUACUUAUAAAA